AUGACUCGGGGAAUGAAGCUGGAAGUGCCCCUGUCUCACAAGCCUGGUUAUUUGCGACCCGACUCGUCCUCCCUCGCCUCCACCCGUUGUGUUUUGCAGCCCCCAGUAGCUCGAACCCCCUUAGACCAGGGACUGAUGCGCUCGAGUCCCAGCAGGGGCUGUGGAGCUGUCAGCCCUUUGGCAGGGAUUGAGUCGGAGACGACAUCGGGUCCAAAAGCAGUGCCUCUGGCAGCCGUGGGCUUUGGCGCCGAUCCCGACCUCCAAGUGGAUCUCAUCGCGGACCUGGAUCUCGUCAACGCGACCGCCGGCGUGACGCAGGUGCCGGGGCUGCACAAUGCCAGCAGGGCCUUCCUCUUGCAAGAUGUGGAAAGAGAAAUCCAUGCYGCCCCACACGUGACGGAGAAGCUAAUCCAGCUCUUCCGGAAUAAAAGCGAGUUCACGUUUCUGGCCACCCUGCAGCAGAAGGCGGCGACGUCGGGAGUUAUCCUGUCGAUCCGGGAGCUGGAGCACAGCUAUUUUGAACUGGAGAGCAGUGGCUUACGGGAUGAGAUCAGAUACCACUACAGGUUCAAUGGGAAGACGAGGACGGAGGUGUUUCCCUAUCGCCUGGCAGAUGGGCAGUGGCACAAGCUCGCUGUGUCGCUCAGUGCCUCCCACCUCCUGCUCCACGUGGACUGCAACAGGAUUUACGAACGUGUCAUUGAUCCCCCAGAAACUGAUUUGACACCUGAAAGCAGUUUAUGGCUUGGACAGAGGAAUAGGAAACACGGUUUCUUCAAGGGUGUUAUUCAAGAUGUGAAAAUCAUCUUUAUACCUAAUGGAUAUAUAACACAGUGUCCUAAUCUCAAUCGCACUUGCCCAACCUGCAGUGAUUUCUUAAGUCUGGUGCAAGGAAUCAUGGAUUUGCAAGAACUCCUGGCCAAAAUGACUGCAAAACUAAAUUAUGCAGAAACAAGACUGAGUCAAUUGGAAGACUGUCAUUGUGAGAAGACUUGUCAAGUAAAUGGAGUGAUCUACAGAGACAAAGACUCAUGGGUGGAAGAUGAUCACUGCAGGAACUGCACGUGCAAAAGCGGCGUUGUGGAGUGCCGAAGGAUGGCCUGUCCCCCCCUCGAAUGUCCUCCCGAUGCUCUCCCGGUGCACGUGGAAGGCCAGUGCUGCAAAGUGUGCAAGGCAAAGUGCAUCUAUGGAGGCAAAGUACUAGCAGAAGGUCAACGAGUUUUAACCAAGAGCUGCAGGGAAUGUCGAAAUGGAGUUUUAGUAAAAGUAACAGAGACCUGUCCUCCACUGAACUGCUCGGAAAAGGACCACGUUCUUCCAGAGAACCAGUGCUGCAGUGUUUGCAGAGGACACGACUUCUGUGCAGAGGGACAUGUGUGUGGGGAAAAUUCAGAGUGCAAAAACUGGAACACGAAGGCGACCUGUGAGUGCAAGAACGGGUACCUCGCUGUGCAAGGGGACGCCGCGUAUUGCGAGGACAUCGACGAGUGUGCUGCCAAGAUGCAUUACUGCCACGCCAACACCGUGUGCGUCAACCUGCCCGGCUCCUAUCGGUGCGACUGCGUCCUGGGCUACGUCCGCGUCGAUGACUUCUCCUGCACAGAGCGCGACGAGUGCGGCGGCGGCGAGCGGAGCUGCGACGCCAACGCCAUCUGCACCAACACGGUGCGGGGCCACAGCUGCACCUGCAAGCCGGGCUACGUGGGCAACGGGACCACGUGCCGAGCGUUCUGUGAAGAGGGCUGCAGAUACGGCGGGACUUGCGUGGCCCCUAACAGAUGCGCCUGCCCGUCGGGAUUCACGGGGAGCCACUGUGAGAAAGAUAUUGAUGAGUGUGCAGAGGGCAUCAUUGAGUGUCACAACCAUUCACGCUGUGUUAACCUCCCAGGGUGGUACCACUGUGAGUGCAGAAGCGGUUUCCAUGACAAUGGAAGCUACUCUCUUGCCGGGGAGUCCUGUGUUGAUAUCGACGAGUGUGCCUUGAAGACCCACACGUGCUGGAACGACUCGGCCUGCGUGAACCUGCCGGGGGGCUUCGACUGCCUCUGCCCGUCGGGCCCCUCCUGCACGGGCGACUGUCCCCACGACGGCGGCCUGAAGCGCAACGGGCAGGUGUGGACGCUGAGGGAGGACAGAUGCUCCGUUUGCUCCUGCAAGGACGGGAGGAUUUUCUGCCGGAGAACAGCCUGCGACUGCGAGAACCCCAGCGCCGACCUCUUCUGCUGCCCCGAGUGCGACACCAGGGUCACCAGCCAGUGCCUCGACCAGAGCGGCCACAAGCUCUACCGCAGCGGGGACAACUGGACCUACAGCUGCCAGCAGUGCCGCUGCUUGGAAGGAGAGGUGGAUUGCUGGCCUCUYCAGUGCCCACAUCUGAGCUGCGAGUUCACAGCGGUCUCGGAAGGCGAGUGCUGCCCCCACUGCGUGAGUGACCCCUGCCUGGCUGACAACAUCACCUACGACAUCAGCAAAACCUGCCUGGAUGCCUACGGGGUGCCCAGGCUCAGCGGCUCCGUGUGGACCAUGGCUGGAUCUCCUUGUACAACCUGCAAGUGCAAGAACGGGAAUGUCUGCUGCUCGGUGGAUUUAGAGUGUCUCCACAAUAACUGAAGCGGUGUGAGCGGACUGGUCUGGGUGAGGAACACUGGUGGAGUUGCCAUCCGAAUCGAAGUCCUAUGAGUUGGYGUUUUAUACAACAGACAAUUACCAAAGUCUCCGCAUGAGGAAGAUGUUUGGGAGUUGCCUUUGGGACCUAUCACGAUGCUCAUCCUUGCUAGCCUUGUCUGGAUGACUUACAGCGCAUAUAAGUCAGUGGUUGUUAAAAGUUUUCAGUGUUGUAAAUGACCCACCUUUCCUGUUGAGACAUUUGCAAAUACGUUUCAAUUAUCUCAUGAGUAAACUAAUGCUGUAUUUUUUUUUAAGUGUAUUGACAACAUGAGAGAACUCAGCUUUUCUUACUUUGCAUCGAGGUUUUACAGAUAAGACAGCCUGUUGUGAUUUUGUCCCAUGAUCUCACAUACUUAGUUGCAAGGUCCCUGUCAGAUGUAUUUAUGAAAAUAUGUAUGUAUGUACAGUCAAAUUGCAUAGUACUUAUAUUGCACAGCUGUCCAACAGUUUAAAACGUUCAAAGGUGUAUUUGAUUGAACGGAGUGGAAGUGACCAAACUAAGUCUGUCUUAAAAAAUUAUAAAAGAAAUGCCGUGAGCUUAAGGAAAUGGUGGAAAAGCACUUUCUUUGCCAAACAUGUGGAGCAGCACCAAGACUCUGAAUUAAAAAAAACAGAAUUAAAAACUCAUUCCACCACAGUUUCAGAAGGAGUCGCUAGCUCUUAUCAGUAGUCUGUUUUGCAGGAGGAACUGCGAAUGUUGGAAAGGGAUAUAAUUCCUCUGGGAUGUGCAGUGAUAAAACAGUCAGAAGAGCCUUAAGAUGAUACAGUUGGAAUAUGGUAGGUAGGAUUUUGCUUUUAAUUAUAGUGAUAUUGAGGUGAGUUCAGGAUCCUUUUCUUUUCUUUUUUUUUUUUUUUGCGUUUAUGAAAAAUGGCCCUCAACGCUUGGUGACUUUCCUUGCUCAAGUAACAUGGAAGAAGCAGAUUUUCUCUUUUUUAUGUUUUGUGACGUUCACGAUUCAGUUUUAAACUUAGCCAUUCACACAGYGUUGCCGUGAAUGUUUACACAGAAGUUUAAGUUUAGACAGAAAUACUAACUAAAACCCCUAGUCCUUUAUCUGGUGAGAUUCUGCAUUCCCUUUUACUUACGUCUAAUUCAUUUUUUGAUGAGGCUAGAGAGUUUGUAGCAUUAGAGCAAAAAGAUAUUUCUACAACAAUGGCAUCUACAGCCUAAGUGUCACCUUUUUAACGUGGUGUUGUGUCUCAUUCUGYUCAUUCGUGUCCUGUUCUUUGCUUUUAGUUCACUUAAACACACCGAGUCUUUGGAAAAGARUACAGAAAUAAGGAUAGUGGUGACAGUGGAAAGUAUAUGUUUGUGACUCCAUAUUUCCAUGCAGGAAACGUGAACUUGAUUAACAAGGGCGAAGUUUGGCUAUAGGGUGAAAAACGCAGAGUGUUCUUUUAAAUGAAGUACUGUCAUGUUUCUCAUAAGGGGGAAAACAAUAUCAAAAAGACUUGGAAUGGUUCAGACGUCUUUAUUGCAGGUUUUAUUUAUUUAUUUAUUUAUUUAUUAAACAUCUUUCAUUUUACCUUACAGGUUUGUGUGGUAGAGUUGACUUUGUUUUCUUAACAUGCCCUGUCAUUUUCUGCUACUCAUGUACUGACUAUUUGCAUUGCCCUAAUGAUUGUAUAAUAGG